UAAAAUACAAUUUUUUCCAUAUGUUUCUACAUUAAUAAUCAGCUAUUCGUGUAAAUGGGCUACGUAUCUUAAAGAAUUUGUUUCUGGAAUAUUAUUAUCAUCGGAUAAUGCAAAAAGGAUUAUUACAAUGAUUAUAUCUAUUAUUGUUAAUCAAUAUAUAGAUAUAUAUGAUAUAUACAUGUCAGAUCAUGCUAGCUAACAACUCACACGCGUUAUUACUGCAAGAAGUGUAUUGUAUAAAAAAAGAUUAAAUUAUAACAAUUAUUCAUCGAAUAUUAUAAAUGAUUAUCUUGAGAAAAGCUCGGAUUUGUUUAGUUAAAUAAAAUUAAAGAUAUCUGUAGAAAUGAAUCUUUGAGGUUAUAAUUAAGUAAAAUAAAUCAAGAUAAAAAGUGUAUGUCAAAAACGUUUAUUUGACAAAUGGCUGUCUUUGCAGAAAUAUAAAUAUAAUAUUUUAUAUGAAUAUGACUUGGGCAUACAGAAUGGCAUAUAAAAUAGGCAGACACAUAUAUGAUAUUCAAUAUGUAAAGAAUUGUAUGAAGGUCUUUAAAAAGUUAUGUCCGUUAUUGACAUUAUCAUGCACUAUAUUCAUCAUUGCAUUCACGAGUUACAUCAAUCAGAAGAUCUGUCCAAUAUUUUUUUUCCUCUGUAUGCAAGUAUAUUUAAAUUGGUACUCAGUGUAUAGCAUCAGCUAUAGAUCAAAUCCAUUGAAAAUCAAAGAAGUACAAAAUAAUUUGUUUAAUGUAAGUGUUCAGACGCCUAAGUCUGUGAAUUCCAAAAAUAAGUUUUUUGUGGAGCUGGGUUAUAUGACCUACAAAUUCUGGCAUUGCGAGAGGUGUCAGGGUUACAUGUACAAGCCAACCCAGCACUGCUCCCUCUGUCGAAAGUGCUUUCACUUCAGGGAUCAUCACUGUUUCUUCCUGGGUGCUUGUGUGCUGCGUCAGAAUAUGGGCAACUUUAUACUGUUUUGCUUCUACACUUCACUGACGUGCUUGUACUCUUUGUGCGUGCUGGGUCCGUACAUGUAUGAAAACGUCAGUCACAUUCUGAGUGACACAGAUUACUUCAAUAUAUUCUUGAACUUUUGUUUUCCCAUCACCCUGGCCAGAUUGUUGCAAUCCAGAGAAAGUUUGGGUGUACUACUCGUCACGAUAUUCGACCUGCUGAUGUCAAUUUUGUGUAUUUGUCUAGUGUUCGGCACCUGGAAACUUUAUAGUUGUUUAACCGGUAAACAACGUUACGCGAAUGUUACGGGAAAGCAAAGUCUGAAAGAGAUAUUUGGAAGCUACGGUCUAUCGAAUAUUAUUUUCCCAUAUAAUGGUCUCAUAGGCACAAGAGACAUCAAUGACAAAUACGAAUUAAAGGAGGUGUGAAAUUAUAAUUAGAUAAAUAGUAGACUGACGUUAAGUCCAACAUAUAUACUUUUUUUAUGAUGUACUUACAUUGAAAUCUAUUAUAAUAUUAAGUUGCAUUAUUUUAAACAUUAUAAUAUAUAAAUAUAUGUACACACAUUUAUGCAUCAUACAGAGACACUCGCGUCUUUCACAAUUAAUGUACUUUUGGAUUCUUUACAAAAGAAUUGCUGCUUAUACUAAACCAUAAUAUAAAUUAGAUAUAUACAAUCAAAUUCUUAUUGAAAAAUGUCUAGCAAAAUUAAUGUAAUCGCUAUAAUAAAAACAUGAUGGUAGACCGAGAGUGCUCUUGAAUUCCAAUCUGUUAUCAUUUUUGUUCUUGAAUUAUUUUGCGAAUUUUAAGUAACUGAUUUUACAAGUUGUUUCUCGAAUAGACUAUGAGUAAUCUUAUUAUUUUAUGACUUAAACUGGUCCUGUAAAA